AUGUCAAGUACUGAUCCAAGUUCUAAUUCAAACAGUGCCAAUGACAAUGAUGUAUCCUCUCCAAUAGAUGCUUCCAACCAUCAAAACUCCUUUUCACAAAAUAAUCAGCCAUCUUCUCCACAACAACAAGGCUUAUUUUAUCAUUCCUCUUCUUCUCUACCUGAAACAUAUGAAAAUAAUAGAAGCUCUAAUACCAGAACUGCACAUGGCAUUUACUCUUCUUCUCAACAACCGCAACAACGCUACGACACCAAUGUAUCUUCGCCUAUAGGAUACACAGACACAUCUUCCUCUCCUUAUUUAAGAAGAAAUACAUCAUCAUAUCAAAACAGAAGAACAAAUGAUAGGAAUGAAGAAAAUUCAACACGACGUAACAACCAAAGCCCAUCUUCCUCUCUGCACUCAUCUAGGCUCCGUAGGGGUACUGCAAACAACGAAUUAGACUCGAUUUCCUCAUCCUUGGGUAAUAUUGGGAGCAGUAAUGAUUUAAGAAGAGCUACGAGUAGAAGAAAUGAUAUUAACUCAUCUGGAAUGUCUUCUCCAAGAAGGAUCGUUGACAUUUCUGAACCACAUAACUUGCUUAGUGGAUCAUCGAUGUUAAAUUCUUCCUCUUCUUUGGGUAGCAGCAGCCGGGAAGGCAAUAAUGACGAGCCUUUAAGAGUUAUUUGGGGUACAAACAUUAGUAUUCAAGAAUGCUCCAAUAAAUUUCGGGAAUUCUUAAUGUCUUUUAAAUACAAAUAUCGUAAAAUAUUGGACGGUAGAGAUGAGGACGUCAAUUUUGACACUGACGAAGAACUGUAUUAUGUUAACAAGAUGAAUAAAAUGAGGGAACUAGGUAGUUCAAAUUUGAACUUGGAUACGAGGAACCUAUUAGCUUUCAAGCCCACUGAAAAAUUGUAUCAUCAACUAUUACACUACCCUCAAGAGCUUGUUUCUAUCAUGGAUCAGUCUUUAAAAGAUUGCAUGGUAUCUUUGGUUCUAGAUAACAACGUUGAUUUUAAUAUUGAUGAAAUUGAAUCGAAAUUUUACAAAAUUAGACCAUACAAUGUUGACAACAGAAAGGGAGUUAGAGAACUAAAUCCUGGCGAUAUUGAUAAGCUGAUUAGUAUCAAGGGAUUGGUCUUAAGAUCGACACCGGUUAUUCCAGAUAUGAAAGUAGCAUUUUUCAGGUGCAGUGUUUGUGAUCAUACGACUGCGGUUGAAAUCGAUCGGGGUUUAAUUCAAGAGCCUUCCAGAUGCCCACGGCCAGAUUGUAGUCAAGCCAAUUCUAUGGUUUUGGUUCACAAUAGGUGCUCAUUUUCUGAUAAACAAGUCACCAAGUUACAGGAAACGCCAGACCUAGUUCCUGACGGUCAAACACCACAUUCAGUUUCCUUAUGUGUUUAUGAUGAACUGGUUGAUAGUUGUAGGGCCGGUGAUAGAGUCCAAGUUACCGGUAUUUUUCGGUCUAUACCCAUUCGAGCUAAUCCGAGACAGCGUGUUUUAAGAAGUUUAUAUAAGACUUACGUAGACGUUGUUCAUGUCAAGAAAAUUGAUGAGCGUAGAUUAGGUGUGGACGUGUCCACUGUGGAACAAGAAUUAUUACAGCAUGAUAUGGAAAACGGUGAUGGUGUUGAUGAAAUACGUAAGGUUACCGAUGCCGAUAUUACGAAAAUAAGAGAAGUAGCGAGUAGAAUCGACGUUUUUGAAAUUUUAUCUCGUUCCAUUGCGCCGUCUAUUUAUGAAUUAGAUGAUGUAAAAAAGGGCAUAUUGCUACAAUUAUUUGGUGGGACCAAUAAAGUUUUCAAAAAAGGUGGGAAAUAUAGAGGUGACAUUAACAUUUUGCUAUGUGGAGAUCCAUCUACUUCCAAGUCACAACUUUUAAAUUACGUUCAUAAGAUUGCGCCACGGGGUGUUUAUACAUCUGGUAAAGGUUCUUCUGCGGUUGGUUUGACAGCUUAUAUUACAAGGGAUGUUGAUACGAGGCAGUUGGUUUUGGAAAGUGGUGCUUUAGUUUUGAGUGAUGGUGGUGUUUGUUGCAUUGACGAAUUUGAUAAAAUGAGUGAUUCAACACGAAGUGUUUUGCAUGAAGUUAUGGAACAGCAAACCAUAUCUAUUGCCAAAGCAGGUAUUAUUACGACGUUAAAUGCAAGAACAUCGAUUUUGGCAAGUGCCAAUCCAAUUAACUCUAGGUAUAACCCCAUGUUGCCCGUUACCGAAAACAUUGAUUUGCCACCACCUUUGUUGUCAAGAUUUGAUUUGGUUUAUUUAAUAUUGGAUAAAGUUGACGAAACUAGUGAUAGAGAACUAGCCAGACAUUUGACCAAUUUAUAUUUGGAAGAUAAUCCAGACAGUGGGGCAACUGCUGGUGACGUUUUGCCUAUUGAAUUUUUGACGAUGUACAUUAGCUAUGCCAAGGAACACUUUCAGCCAGUUAUUACUGAGAUUGCCAAAGAUGAAUUGGUCAAAAAUUAUGUCGAAAUGAGAAAGAUUGGAGAUGAUUCUAGAUCAGAUGAAAAAAGGAUUACAGCAACGACACGUCAAUUAGAAAGUAUGAUUAGAUUAUCUGAAGCGCAUGCCAAAAUGAGGUUAUCUCAAACGGUUGACUUAGAAGAUGUACGUGAAGCUUGUAGGUUAAUCAAGGCUGCUAUAAAAGAUUAUGCUACCGAUCCUAAAACUGGUAAGAUUGAUAUGAGUUUAGUCCAGACUGGUAAGUCUGCUGUUCAAUUGCAACUACAAGAAAAAUUAACACAGGAAGUUUUGAAUAUAGUAGCAAAUCAUUCUUCAGAUACUAUAAGUUUCAAUGAAUUGAAUAGGAUUUUGAAUGAAACGUCUGGUAGUGGUGAUAAAGUGGAACUAGAGAGUGUAAAUGAUGCCUUGAAUAGACUACAACAAGAAGAUAAAAUUGUAGUUUUAGGUGAUGGUUUGAGAAGGUCUAUUCGUAUAAACAAUUCAUCUCAUUUAUAA